ACGUCAGCUGUUCCUGUUUCACUMUUUUGGGAAGCGAACGAGCAACUUUUCAUUCUCAACAACACAAAACUAAAUAGAAGUARAAUUUAAGAAGAACCAACCAUGCACUUUGGAGGAAUGCCAUUUGGAGGAAUGCCCGGCGGCAUGCCGGGCGGUAUGCCCGGUCGCAACAAAGAUGUCGACACGACCAAGCUUUACGAGGUCCUAGGCGUCGACAAAGAUGUCGACGAAAAAUCUCUCAAGAAGGCAUACCGAAAGCUCUGUCUCAAGCACCACCCCGAUAAGGGAGGAGACGAGCAUGUCUUCAAGGAAGUAAAUGCUGGUGCGUUUCGUUAURAUCGAAAUGUUUUUUGGUUUUGUGUUGCUUGGUGCUUUUUGAAUCCCAAACGACAUAUUCGAAUAUUGUUUCUCAUCCGCAUGAUUACUUUGUGUCUCAAACCUCUCUUCAUUUGGUCAUUGGGAUCCUUCAACAAUGUUGCAAUUUUGAUCGUCUUGACAACGUUUCACUCAUCUUUGCGUUGUUUUUUCAACACGAACGACACGGAUGGUCAUAAUUAUGGUGGUGAACUACGAUCAUUUUUCCAUUCGAUUUCUUCUUCCAACUACAUCUAAUUUACAGCCUACGAAAUUUUGUCCGACSCGAAGAAACGCGAACUAUACGACCAGUAUGGUCUCGAGGGAGUAGAACAGGAGGGCGGACCAGGUGGUCCGGGCGSAGACGAUUUGUUUUCCAUGUUCUUUGGUGGCGGCGGCCGACGACGAUCCUCCGGGCCCARAAAGGGACCCAGUCUCCAGCACCCACUGAAGGUUAGCCUGAACGAUUUAUACAAUGGAAAGACCGUGAAACUAGCCAUCAACCGCAAGGUGAUCGUCGGAGAUUCAAGCGUGUGUUCAACCUGUCGUGGACAGGGGGUUGUCAUGGAGAUGCGGCAAAUAGGACCCGGCAUGAUCACGCAAAUGCAGCGACCAUGCYCCGACUGCAAUGGAAAGGGGUACCAAGCAAAGACGAAGAACGAACGAAAGGUGAUCGAGGUGCACGUAGAAAAGGGUGCGGCCAACAACCAGAAAAUCAGCUUCCAGGGAAUGGCCGACGAAAUACCGGGACGAGAAACCGGGGACGUCAAUUUUAUCAUACAGGAAAAGGAGCACGAACUGUUCAAGAGAAAAGGGGCCGAUYUGUUGAUCAUGCAGGACGUCAGUUUGAACCAAGCCGUGACCGGGUUUUCGGUAAGUCGAAGAUAACACAGCAAAUGAACUAAUAUGCUGCGCGCUUUAUAUCAUUAGGGUGAACAUUGGUUGCGUCACUAUCCAAGAUUGUAUUCUCACCUUUUUUCCAUGUUUUGAUUUCCACCAUGCAGUUCCGUUUCGAUCAUCUUGAUGGCAGAGAUAUUAUUAUCAAGACAAGACCUGGCGAGGUUAUCCAGAGCGAGAGCAAGGACCCCGACACCGGUCGAUCUAUGCCCUACAUGAUGAAGGUUCCAGGCGAAGGUAUGCCAAGCCGAGGAAACCCUUUUGUCAAGGGAGACUUGUACGUGGCAUUUCACAUUGAAUUCCCCAAGUCGCUCGACAAGGACGUGGUAGACAAGCUGAGAGAACUCCUKCCCGAUGCUAACAUGGAAGAGGACUACGAUCCCGACGAAGUAGAAGAACACUUCAUGGUAGAAGCCGAUCUUCGUCACUUUGGAAAGGGUGGAGCUGAGGUUAGUGGUGGCGAAUACGACAGUGACGACGAGGGCGGCGGCCAAAACGUCCAAUGUCAGCAGUCGUAAGUAUUGAUAUGUAGUAUUAACAAAGAGGAAAAAAUUAUAGCAAAAAGU